AUGUCAACAUGCAAGGGCCUUCGAAUGAUUGAAUUCUUCUCUGGGAUUGGGGGAAUGAGAUUUUCUGCUGAAAGAGGCAUUCAAGAAUCCCAAGAAACCUCCAUUGAAACUUGUCAAGCAUACGACAUUUCCUUGCAUGCCAACAACUCCUACAAACACAAUUUUCCGAACGAUUCAGUCCGGACAAAGCUGGUGGAGCAGCUCAAGCCUAAAGAUCUGGAUGGUAAGGCAGAUUUGUGGACCAUGUCACCUCCUUGUCAACCCUUCACGACCACCCGCGGCGCAAAAAGUCUGGAUUCCGAGGACAAGAGGUGCAACGGCCUAAAAGGUAUCAUGGAUCUCUUGACACAAAUCCUAGAAAAGCCAAAGUACAUCUUCCUGGAAAACGUCAAGGGCUUUUCCGGUAGUCAAAUGAUUGGGGAGUGGUACAAAUGUCUAAAGGAAAACGGAUACACCUACAAACAGUACUUGGUGAGCCCGGUGCAGAUUGGAGUUCCAAAUCAUCGGCAACGAUAUUACAUCCUAUGUGAACGUAGUGAUCGCUGGAAUGAUGAGACGAUAAUACACCAAGAAAUAAAAAUGGGGAAGGAUGACGUGGAAAAGCACAUUGUGGGCGACUAUAUCGAUGACUCUUUGACUGCUGAGGAUCGGAAUACAUUUCUUGUUCCCGAUGAGAUAUUGCAAAAGGACUGGGCACGACAAGUAGGGGUAGUUUCCAAAGCUGACACUGCUACGCAUUGCUUCACCGCUGGUUAUGGAAGAAUAUUUCACAGGGCGACUGGCAGUCUGUUGUUGACUCGGGAUUCAGAGGAUUCGGUAGAAGACAAUCCCAUUGAUCGAUCGAACAUGAUGGAAUACUCUGGGCAAUUACGGCGGUUCACUCCCAAAGAAUUGCUUUGCUUGUUUGGCUUUCCCCAUAGCUUCGAGUUUCCAGAUAGCAUCAAUUUAGAGCAUCAAUACAAAUUAAUCGGAAACUCCAUCAAUGUCAACAUUGUGGCGCUCUUGCUGAAAGAGUUGCUAGUGGGGGAUGUGGACGUUGUAAGAGGAAGCAAGGAAAGAUUACAGGUCGGUGGAACCAAAGGUCAUGUUGUCGAAGAGAUUGAUGGGAAUCUGAUGCAACUCUAUCAUGGCUAUCGUUGGAAAAUGAUCCCCAACUGCACUGGACGUCACACCUGUCGGGAUCCUGCCAAGGUUUCUUCUGUUGCUCCGUUGGAAAUCCUAAAGGAAAUUGGAAUUGCCAAAAAGAGCGCUUCCGAGUUCUCGGAAAGUGUCAAUGAUGCUGACAUGGAAUUGAAGGAGUAUCAUUUUGAACUUCCUGGAAGAGCCGACAAGAUUCAUGUGAUUCCUUUGGACACCAACAACGACACGGGUAUGAUUACUUUCGCCAAGGAAGAGCGCGGAGCCUAUGUGCACACUCUCAACACAUCCUCUGGUUUUCGAAGAAAAUUGGCCUGCAUUGGUAUUGAAGUGACCUCGAAUGAUGUUCGGCUCGACGAGAAUUUUCCACAUCCAACUAGUUGA